AUGGGCUCACACUCUCAUGUCGACGACGGGGACUCCUUCUUCGAUACCAAGCAAAAGUUGGGAACUGGUGGGUCAGGUUUUGUGGAUUCAUCACUGGCAUUCAUUAUGACACCAAUCGCAGAUUACGAUCUUAGAAGUUUCCUUGAAGCAUUAGGGCCUCAACAAGACAGAAUAGCGGAGAAGGAAUUACUGCUUGAAUUCUUCGGAUGUUUAGCAAUAGCCAUUAGAACUCUUCAUGGGUGUCAAAUACGUCAUAUGGAUAUAAAGCCUAGCAACAUUCUUAUCAAAGGUCGGACUGUCUUAGUCUGCGACUUUGGAAUAUCAAGAGACUGGUCGGGGACUUCUGGCGAUACCACUCACGGACCGAUAUAUAAGAAGACAGCAAAAUACUGUUCACCAGAGGUGGAUGAUGGUGGGCAGCGAAACAAGGCGUCUGACAUCUUCUCUCUCGGGGUUGUCUAUCUUGAAAUGAUGUCUGUUAUCGGAGGAUCUACGGUUGAAGAAAUGAGAACGUUCCUCAGACAGAAUGGCUAUACUACAGAUGUAGCUUGUCGCAAUCUUUUGGGUGUAAAUAAGUGGAUCGAAGAGCUCCGAAAAGCUCUAAUCGAUGAGGAAGCAGCCCCACUUCAAUGGAUAUGCCGCAUGGUACGUCCCUCAUGGCUACACGGCGGACUCUAG